GCUCGCGUCGUCGUCGCGGAGUCGAUUCUCUAUCACACACUGGUUAACAGCCAUCAUCGCCACACACGUCGCUCAGGGUGUCUUGCAUUCCUAACUACGACGGUUCCAGUGAUUGACUAGCGGACGGAUUGUGAUUUUUGGCAAGUUCGGCCUUUCGGGAACUCGGUCCUACCCGCGGGUACAGUGGUGUGUGUAUACAAGUGCCAGAAAAAGAUUGGAUUUAAUUCACUUGGAAUCGAAUUGGAAAAUUCUUUGGUGGCUGCUGCCUUGGCAGCAAGCAGCAGCAAAAGAAGAAGCAGCGAUUGAAUGAGUUUUUGUGUGUGCGUGUGUGAGUGUGAAAAAAUGUGAAUCAUUUUCGCACUGGAGAAGAAGCUCGAAGAAGAAGGUGCUGCUGCGCUGAUGAAGUUUUUCCGUGGGGCUCCGUAGGAAAAACACGGUCGAUCCCGUUCCUGUGCAGCCAAUAAUCGUGGGCGAUAAAUAGAGCCGAAAAUUGGUGAUUUGGUGCUUUUUGUCUCGUGUUUCCAAGUGCUUCUUCGAGUGGGUGAAAAAAGAUUCUCCGUGUGUGUGUUAUGAAAUGACGGCUAAAUUGCUGCGCUGAUUUUUUUUCGCCUUCUCUCCCCGUUCCGGGCUGUUCCGGUGGAGGAAGUGGAGUUAAGUGAAAAGAUCCUGUUUCUGUGCUCUGUGUCCACUGUGAAGAUGGGCUUGUGAAGCGAAACAAAACGCAAGGAAGCAGUAGAAAACGAGUUUACGACGGCUGUCAAACCCCUGGCUCCCGGCGGAAGGUGCCAACCAGCGUCCGGAUAAGGGGGAAAACAUACGUGGAGCAUUUCCGUUCGGAGAGCGAAAAGUCGCAGUGGUAGAAGAAUAGAUAAAAAGUGAAGGAAAGGAAAACAGAAGCAGAAGCUGUCAGAAUGGCGGACCUCACGAGGCCGCCCUUUUGCGACAUCAAACGGCCCGAGGAAGUGGUAAAAAUGACGAUGACGGACAAUCUGAAGUUCGCCGUCCUGAUCGGGCUCAUCGAGGUCGGCCAGGUCUCGAACCGGGAGGUGGUCAACACCGUACUGCAUCUGCUUGUCGGAGGUGAGUUUGACAUGGAGCUAAAUUUUGUUGUUCAGGACGCGCAGAAUGUGAAACACAUGCUCGAGCUGUUGGAUCACUGUCCGGCGAAUCUGCAGGCCGAAGUGUGGAGCGUCUUCAUUGCCAUCCUGAAGAAAAGCGUCCGAAACUUGCAGGCUUGCACCGAAAUUGGUCUGAUCGAACACGUCCUGGCGCGGUUGGCCCGCGCGGAAUCCAUUGUUGCCGACCUGCUUAUCGAAAUGCUUGGAGUGCUAGCGAGUUACAGUAUCACGGUGAAGGAGCUGAAGCUGCUGUUCGGUGCCAUGAAAGCCCUCAACGGCAAGUGGCCGCGGCAUUCCGCCAAAUUGCUCAACGUGUUAAAGCAGAUGCCACACCGGAACGGUCCGGAUGUGUUUUUCAGCUUUCCCGGGCGGAAAGGAUCGGCAAUCGUGCUCCCACCGCUGGCAAAGUGGCCCUACGAGAGUGGUUUCACAUUUACCACCUGGUUUCGAUUGGAUCCGAUUAAUUCGGUUAACAUCGAGCGGGAAAAGCCGUACCUUUAUUGCUUCAAAACGUCCAAGGGUGUCGGCUAUACGGCACACUUCGUGGGCAACUGCCUGGUGCUAACUUCGAUGAAGGUCAAAGGCAAGGGAUUCCAGCACUGUGUCAAGUAUGAGUUCCAGCCGCGCAAAUGGUACAUGAUUGCGAUUGUGUACAUCUACAACCGCUGGACUAAGAGUGAGAUCAAGUGCCUGGUCAACGGUCAGCUCGCCUCCAGCACCGAGAUGGCCUGGUUUGUGUCGACCAAUGAUCCAUUCGACAAAUGCUACAUAGGCGCCACUCCGGAGCUGGACGAGGAACGUGUUUUCUGCGGUCAAAUGGCCGCCAUCUAUCUGUUCAGUGAAGCACUGACGACGCAGCAGAUCUGCGCCAUGCACCGGCUAGGGCCCGGCUACAAGUCCCAGUUCCGGUUCGACAACGAGUGCUACCUGAACCUACCGGACAACCACAAGCGGGUGAGUCACGACUCUUCGUUGAUGUCCUUGUCGGCGAUGGGCGCCGCAGCAUCGUCCCUCUCGCCAACGCCGCCGGCUCCGAUCGAAUCCAACAUCCAUCGGAAUUUAGCCGCCAACGCUGCUGCCACCGCCGCCGCUAGUUCUAGUUCCGCUAGUUCCUCUUCGCUGACGUCCAGCGUUAGCAGCGUCGUCGCGGCCAGUGUUGCCGGAGCCGUGGCUGGGUCUGCCACCGGCGGCGACGCCGCAGCGCUAGAUGCCUUAGGCGAACAGUUUGAUUUUGCAUCUGUCUUGUACGACGGAAAACUGUCUAGCGGAAUUGUUUUCAUGUACAAUCCCGUUGCAACCGAUGGCCAACUGUGUCUACAAUCAGCCCCAAAGGGCAAUCUAUCCUUUUUUGUGCAUACACCGCAUUCGCUCAUGCUUCAGGAUGUCAAAGCAGUGGUCACACACUCGAUUCACUGCACGCUCAACUCGAUCGGCGGCAUUCAGGUACUGUUUCCGCUGUUUUCACAGCUGGAUAUGCCAUACGAGGGAACCGAUGUCAAAAAGGACCCCACUUUGUGCGCCAAACUACUCGGAUUCAUCUGUGAACUGGUGGAGAGCUCACAAACCGUUCAACAGCACAUGAUUCAGAACCGUGGCUUUCUGGUGAUCUCGUUCAUGUUGCAGCGCUCCUCGCGCGAUCACCUUACCUCGGAAGUGCUCGGAUCGUUUCUGAGUCUCACCAAGUAUCUGGUCACCUGUCUGUCGGCCAACUCGGACCUGCUGCUGAAACAGCUCUUCUGUUUCUCUUUCCUUACCUGGCAGCUGCUGGACCACGUGCUGUUCAACCCAUCGCUGUGGAUCUACACUCCGGCCACGGUGCAAGCGCGGUUGUACGCCUAUCUGGCGACGGAGUUCCUCAGCGAUACGCAGAUUUACAGCAAUGUCCGGCGGGUUAGUACCGUACUGCAGACGGUUCACACGCUCAAGUUCUACUACUGGGUGGUCAAUCCACGGGCCAAAUCGGGCAUCACGCCGAAGGGUUUGGAUGGACCGCGACCGGCUCAGAAGGAUAUCUUGGCGAUCAGGGCCUACAUAUUGCUGUUUCUCAAACAGCUGAUUAUGAUCGGUAAUGGGGUGAAGGAUGACGAGCUGCAGAGCAUUCUGAACUACCUGAUGACAAUGCACGAGGACGAGAAUCUGCACGACGUGUUGCAGAUGCUGAUUUCCCUAAUGUCGGAACACCCGAGCUCUAUGGUACCGGCGUUCGAUGUGAAGCAUGGCGUUCGUACCAUCUUUAAGCUGCUGGCCGCCGAGAGUCAGCUAAUUCGGCUCCAAGCGCUCAAAUUGCUCGGGUUCUUCCUGUCUCGUAGCACACAUAAACGAAAAUACGACGUGAUGUCACCCCACAAUCUGUACACCCUGCUGGCGGAGCGGUUGCUCCUGUACGAGGAAUCCCUUUCGCUGCCGACCUACAACGUGCUGUACGAGAUCAUGACCGAGCACAUCUCGCAGCAGAUCCUGUACGCGAAGCACCCGGAGCCGGAGAGUCACUACCGGCUGGAGAAUCCGAUGAUCCUGAAAGUUGUCGCGACGCUGAUCCGCCAAUCGAAGCAAACCGAACAACUGCUGGAGGUGAAGAAACUGUUCCUGUCCGACAUGACGCUGCUGUGUAACAAUAAUCGCGAGAACCGCCGCACGGUGCUGCAGAUGAGCGUCUGGCAGGAGUGGCUGAUCGCGAUGGCUUACAUUCAUCCGAAGAAUUCCGAGGAGCAGAAGCUUUCGGAUAUGGUGUACUCGCUGUUCCGGAUGCUGUUGCAUCAUGCGAUCAAGUACGAGUACGGUGGCUGGCGGGUGUGGGUUGAUACGCUGGCGAUCGUCCACUCGAAGGUUUCGUACGAGGAGUUUAAGCUUCAGUUCGCUCAAAUGUACGAGCACUAUGAGAAACAUCGGACGGAUAAUAUUACGGAUCCGGCGCUAAGGCAGCAGAGACCGAUCAGCACGAUCAGCGGUUGGGAGCGUGGUGCUGGUGGCGGUGGAGCUGCUGGUGAGACCGGGAACGACGAUCGGGAUAGGUCCGAAAAAGGUGGCGAACUUGCGGCUAUCGAAGGGCCGACAAAGAAGUGUGUUUGCGAACCGGAGGCGAUUGUGGAGGAAGACAAGCAGGGCAAGCUUAGAGGUGGGAUCGAGAAUGGUCAUGAAGGGGUUGAAGAAGAGGAAGAAGAGUUCGAAGAAGAAGAGGAAGAAGAGGAGCUGGAGGAAGAGCAAGUCGAGGAAGAGCUGGAUGAGGAGGAAGAGGAGUUAUCUCAGAGUGAGCUGAAAAGGGCACUGGAGAUCGGAUCGCUGAAGGAGAGUCAAAAGGUAUCGGAACAGGUGGUGGAAGGAAUCGUGGAGGAAAUCAUAAGCAAGUCGGAAAGUUUGCUGAAGCAAUCCGAGGAGGAGCUGCAGGAUUCUAGUGCGGAGCAGGCGACUUCGUCGCCGGUGAUUAAGGACGAGGAGAUCGAACUCGCGGUGAACGAAGUAGUGAAGGGUGUUCUAUCGUUGAAAACAUCCGGCACUGCAACGGCAGGAAGCACCGGGGAAGAUGAUGCUUUGAACAACAACAACAGCAUCAGUACGGACAGUGUUACGCAGAAGACUGAUAGUGUAGCAUCAAGUGCAAUAACUAGUGGUAAUAGUAACAAUUUAAACAAUAAUAAUCUAAGUAGCAAUAGCGAAGAAGGUUGCCAGCAAGUUGAAGAACAAAGUAAAGAGCAAGUGCAGGAGAUGAUUGCGGACAUCGUGAACGAAUUAGUUGAAAACAGCUUGAAAGAGAGUGAUUCCAGUCCGGUUCAGCAGCCGGAUUCGGAACAGAUUGCGAUUGAAGCGCAGGUCAAAGAAGUUGUCGAAUCCAUUAUAACCGAAGCUGUUGUACGAGCAGAACAGAUCUCAACCCCAGAGCCAGCGGAUGAACCGGUGGAACAGAUGAGCACUGAGUCCAGUCCGGAAAAGGAACUGGCAGUCGUCAAACUGGAUACCGUCUCAGCGGAAAUCGCACGGAAUGAAUCCUCCUCCGCAGAACGCAAGCUAGAACUGAACGAGGAGGAACAAGACUUGGACGAGGAAGUCGACGACGAUGAAAGUGAAGUUCCGGACACCCCUGGAACGGUAGCCAGUUUAAGUAAAAGCGAAGCGAUCAGCACCAGUGCGAGUCAAGUAACGAUUCUCCCAGCAACCGCCAAGAAGACGGCAGUACAUGCCUCAACAAGCACCACAACCGAUUCACCCCCGGUUCACUUCGAGCCCGGUAUACCGACGUCGAAGCAGCAACGCUCCAAGUCAGCCUCAACCCGUCCAAUGUUCUCACCCGGACCGACGAGACCACCCUUCCGGAUACCGGAGUUCAAGUGGUCCUACAUCCACCAGCGGCUGCUGUCGGAUGUGCUUUUCUCGCUCGAAACGGACAUCCAAGUCUGGCGGUCGCACUCCACCAAGAGUGUUCUGGACUUUGUUAACUCUGCCGAAAAUGCAAUCUUCGUGGUGAACACCGUUCACCUCAUCUCGCAGCUAGCCGACAAUCUGAUAAUCGCUUGCGGCGGCUUGCUGCCGCUACUUGCCAGUGCCACAUCGCCCAAUUCCGAGCUUGACGUACUAGAGCCAACCCAGGGCAUGCCCUUGGAUGUAGCUGUUUCUUUCCUGCAGCGUUUGGUCAACAUGGCAGACGUGUUGAUUUUCGCCAGUUCCCUAAACUUUGGCGAGCUGGAAGCGGAGAAGAACAUGUCCAGCGGUGGCAUUCUGCGUCAGUGUCUCCGGUUGGUGUGCACCUGUGCCGUGCGUAAUUGUCUAGAGUGUAAGGAGCGCACCCGUGGGCUGUACAACGGUAUGUCUCUUAAGGACAUUCCGGGAGGGGCACAUCUGCAGGCACUGAUCCGGGGCGCACAGACAACGUCGAAGACAAUCAUCGAGUCACUGUCGGGACCGAUGAGCCCGGUUAAGGAUCCCGAGAAGCUACUGCAGGACAUGGACAUCAACCGGCUGCGGGCGGUCAUUUAUCGGGAUGUGAAACGUCUGUUCCAGGAGGAAACCAAACAGGCUCAGUUCCUUUCGUUGGCGAUCGUGUACUUCAUCUCGGUACUGAUGGUGUCCAAAUACCGGGACAUCCUGGAACCCCCGCCGGAGCUGCAAAUCCAUCGGAACUCGUCACCGGUGAUGCAACGCGCUACCCCCACCCAAGACUCGAGCAACCGUCCCCUGUUCCCGCAAUGGUCACACCACGUAUAUCCGCAGUUUCUGCCUGGUUCGCAUCCGAACCACCAAUCGACGUCUUCUUCGUCGUCACUAGCGGCUGCAGCAGCCGCUGCCGCUGGAGCCUCAGGACCGACCGCACCGUCGCACAUGUCCUCGUCGCUAACCCUCGGUUCGGUUCCGAACUCCGCCAACCUGCAGCUGAUGCAUCAUGGCAGCAACAACACGAUCACCUCUUCGUCCUCGCAGACGACUUCGUCGUCUUCCUCGUCGGGGCUGAUGCACGGUACGAACAAUAACAAUAGCCUAAUGGGUGCUGUUUCCCACACCCUAAACGGACCGAUGAUUUCACCGGUCGGAAUGUACAACGGUAAUACCAGCAAUGGCUACCAGACCGAAAUGGUCAACUGUUACGGCGGAACGCCAACCGGUUCGAAGGGGCAUCAUCAUCUGCAUCAACAGCAGCAGCAACAGCAACAGAUUAGACAAUCGCAACAUAAUAAUCUGGUCAAUAACAAUUCUCUGACGGCGCUCAACCCUGGCAUCGCUGUCGGUCAGUACAACCAGAGCCAUCUACGGGCCGGUAGCCGAACACUGAACAAUGGCCUGAUCGGUCAUCCGUCGGCGGCGGUCGCGGCGGCAGCGGUCAAACUGGGGAAAGGAUUAAAUAACGGUGAUAGUCAUGUUUAUCAUUGUAACGGUAUGACAGGAAACCGAUCGCUACAGGAUGGAGACUAUGAGGUGAUCGUAGUGGAUGAGAACAAUUCCUCCGUGAUUGCGGAUAACGAUUCCCACUCCAGUGGUCCACUGUCGAUCAAGGGAUCCACUUCGAUCUACGGGUCUUCGACCUCCCCCGGGAGUCCAAACACAACGACUAACACUAGAUAUCCGGCUGCUACUACCACUAUCACUACCACUAGCAUAAGUACGAUCCAAGAUCAACCUCUAUCGCCGAGGAUCGAUCGAAAAGCGGCGCCAUCGGCGCCAGAGCGGCAGCUAAAGCAGACGAAGAGUGUCGACUCGGAUGCCGCCUCGCUGAACCUCAACUCAACGGAGAACGACGCUCCGGAAGUGGAAACCUCCAGUGAAAUAAUGGCCGACGACAACAAGCCGACCAAUUCGAACGACGAAAGCUGGACCGACGUCAAUCUGAACGAUGACGGUCCCCCGGAUAGCGGAAGUACGAUCGCACCCAGCAGUAAAUCGGUGAUGCGAGGAGUAGGACCAGUUACGGAUGCAAAUGUCGCCGCAGCUUCAGUUGGAGGCCAACUGUCCUCAACUGGUGGAUCCUCCUCCGGAGGAGGAGUCGGUGAUCAUGGUGGCAAACUCGAGACCGAUAUUUCGGUGGUUCGCGUUCCUGAUAAUUACCAGUCUUCGACGGCGAUGGCGCGCGGUCGACCGGAAGAUUUGAACCUCAAGGCGCCCUUCGUUGGGCAGAUCCCGAUGGCGAUUUCCUCGCGAGAAGCUAGCUUAACUCAGAAGUUGGAGAUUGCACUAGGACCGGUUUGCCCGCUGCUGCGGGAAAUCAUGGUAGAUUUCGCUCCGUUCCUGUCGAAGACACUGGUCGGAUCGCACGGACAGGAGCUGCUGAUGGAAGGCAAAGGGUUGACUACGUUCAAGAACAGUCACUCGGUUGUGGAGUUGGUUAUGUUGUUGUGCUCGCAGGAGUGGCAGAAUAGUCUACAGAAGCACGCCGGACUGGCGUUUAUUGAACUGAUCAACGAAGGUCGACUGUUGUCUCACGCCAUGAAGGAUCACAUCGUGCGAGUGGCGAAUGAGGCGGAGUUUAUUCUAAACAGAAUGCGAGCUGAUGAUGUGCUCAAGCAUGCGGACUUUGAAUCGCAAUGCGCGCAGACUUUGCUGGAGCGGCGAGAGGAGGAACGAAUGUGCGAUCAUCUGAUCACGGCAGCCAGAAGAAGAGACAAUGUUAUCGCCAGUCGAUUACUGGAAAAGGUUCGCAACAUUAUGGGCAAUCGGCAUGGUGCGUGGGGUGACAGCAGUACGGGUUAUCAGAAGCACAUCUUCUGGAAGCUGGAUGCUUGGGAAGAUGAUGCGAGGCGUAGAAAACGAAUGGUGCAGAAUCCCAGAGGCUCCAGCCAUCCGCAAGCCACGCUCAAAGCUUCGCUGGAAAAUGGAGGCACCGAAGAAACUCGUGAAGCCGCCCGGGAUGAAAUCUACUCGCAAAUUGCCGUCCCACGUUCACAGCAGCCUGAUCUGCUGGACGACUCCGAGCUGCUGAUCGAAGAUCGCGAGCUCGACCUGGAUCUGACCGGGCCGGUUAACAUCAGUACCAAGGCCAAACUGAUCGCUCCGGGGUUGGUGGCGCCAGGAACAAUGUCAAUUACUUCCACCGAGAUGUACUUCGAGGUGGACGAAGAAAAUUCCGAAUUCCAGGGCAUCGAUCAGGAGGUGCUGAAGUACUGCGAUCACCUACACGGAAAGUGGUACUUCUCAGAGAUCCGGGCCAUCUUCUCGCGUCGCUAUCUACUGCAGAACGUGGCGUUGGAGAUUUUCCUCGCCAGCCGAACCUCCAUCCUGUUUGCUUUCCCGGAUCAGCACACGGUGAAGAAGGUGAUCAAGGCGCUGCCCCGCGUUGGUGUUGGCAUCAAGUAUGGCAUUCCGCAAACUCGUCGCGCGUCCAUGAUGUCUCCCCGCCAACUGAUGCGCAACUCCAACAUGACCCAAAAGUGGCAACGGCGGGAAAUUUCCAACUUUGAGUACCUUAUGUUCCUGAACACGAUCGCCGGCCGGACGUACAACGAUCUAAACCAAUAUCCGGUGUUCCCCUGGGUGCUCACAAACUACGAAUCGCGUGAGCUGGACCUCAGCCAGCCGUCGAACUAUCGUGAUCUGUCAAAACCUAUUGGCGCGUUAAAUCCCUCCAGACGGGAGUACUUCGAAGAGCGAUACGAAAGCUGGGACACUCCCGGCAUUCCGCCUUUCCAUUACGGAACGCACUACUCCACGUCGGCAUUCGUACUUAACUGGCUAAUCCGCAUCGAGCCUUUCACGGCAAUGUUCCUAGCGCUGCAAGGCGGCAAAUUCGACCACGCCGAUCGGCUCUUCUCUUCGAUUUCCCUCUCCUGGAAGAACUGCCAGCGUGACACAUCGGACGUGAAAGAACUGAUUCCCGAGUGGUACUUCCUACCGGAGAUGUUCUACAAUUCCUCUGAUUAUCGUCUGGGUCAACGUGAGGAUGGUAAAAAUGUUGGAGACGUCGAGCUUCCUCCGUGGGCCAAAACACCAGAGGAAUUCGUCCGCAUCAACCGCAUGGCACUGGAGUCGGAAUUCGUAUCCUGCCAACUCCACCAGUGGAUCGAUUUGAUCUUCGGCUACAAACAGCGCGGUCCGGAAGCGAUGCGUGCCACCAACGUUUUCUACUAUCUAACCUACGAAGGCAGCGUCGAUCUGGAUACGAUUUCGGACGCGGUCACUCGCGAAGCGAUCGAGAAUCAGAUCAAAAACUUCGGCCAAACGCCAAGUCUGCUGCUGAUGGAACCUCAUCCGCCGCGAAGUUCCGCUAUGCACCUGUCGCCGAUGAUGUUCAACACCAUGCCGGACGACGUUUGCAUGUCGCUAAAGUUCCAUCUCAACUCACCGAUCAUACACAUCUCGGCCAACACGUAUCCCCAGCUGCCACUGCCGUCGGUUGUGACCGUCACUGCCGGACAUCAGUUCGCGGUGAAUCGCUGGAACUGCCAGUACACCGCCAGCAUUCAGAGUCCAAGCUAUGCCGAGUCAUCACAGAACGUCAACGCCAAUCUGCCCCUAACAAUGGAUCCGCUUCUAUCUCAAAUCAACGGCCACAACAACAGCCAGCAGCAGAACCGGCGUCAUCUAGGUGACAACUUUAGCCAGAAACUACGCAUCAAAUCGAACUGCUACGUAACGACGGUGGACAGCCGGUUUCUGAUCGCCUGUGGCUUCUGGGACAACAGUUUCCGGGUGUUCUCCACGGAAACGGCGAAAAUCGUCCAGAUCAUCUUCGGCCACUUCGAUGUGGUGACCUGCCUGUCCCGGUCCGAGUGUAACAUCACGUCCGACUGUUACAUAGCGUCCGGUUCGGCCGAUUGCACCAUCCUGCUGUGGCACUGGAACGCCCGAACGCAGAGUAUUGUUGGUGAGGGAGAGAUUCCUACACCCCGAGCGACGCUUACCGGGCACGAAACGUCGGUGACUUCGGUUGUGAUUAGCGCCGAGCUUGGAUUGGUAGUUUCCGGGUCGAUUAAUGGCCCAGUAUUGGUUCACACCACUUUUGGGGAUUUGCUGCGAUCGCUGGAGGCACCGAAAGAUUUCAUUUCCCCGGAGAAUAUAACACUCUCCCGGGAGGGUUUCAUAGUUGUGAACUACGAUGACGGAAAUGUGGCCGCGUAUACCAUCAACGGAAAACUGUUGCGGCAUGAGUCUCAUAAUGAUAACCUUCAGUGUAUGUUGCUGUCACGUGACGGUGAAUAUCUGAUGACGGCCGGUAACAAAGGAAUCGUCGAGGUUUGGCGAACGUUCAAUCUUGCCCCGCUGUACGCGUUCCCUGCCUGCAAUAGCGGAAUUCGUUCGCUGGCGUUGACCCACGAUCAGAAAUACCUUCUGGCCGGCUUGGCGACCGGUUCGAUCAUUGUGUUCCACAUCGACUUCAACCGUUGGCACCACGAGUACCAGCAGCGCUACUGAAACUCGUCCUUCCGGUACGUCUCGAUGACGAGCGCAGGCGAAGCGGAACUGCAAUACCGACAGUCUCCGCCGCCACACUUACAACACAGUCAUCAUCAACCGCAGCAGCAGCAGCCGCAUAGCGGAGGCGUUAGCGGUGGGACUCUUACCCCUACUACCACCCCUAGUAGUAGCAGUGCCAGCAGUAGUAACGAUGUGGUAGUGUACUAAGAGAAAAAAAAUCCUGCAUUCUUCGGUGAGUAACAAAUGUGGGAGGGGUUUGUGUACUAACAUGUUUAGAUAGUUAGAGGGUUUUUAAUCAAUCAAGGAGCUAGGAUGAGAGAGAGGAGGAGAAGGAAAUUGUUGCCAAAAUCUCGCGGCUUUUGGAGAAAUGCGCAGGCGGGGAGGGAAUAAUUGUUACUUAUUAUGUAUGGAAACUUACGCUUGACAUUGCGUAACAUUACUGUAGAACAAAAAACAAGCUUUUAACGGUUCAAAUCGGUAUCAAGGCAAAGCUUUCUCGCAUUGUUGUGGGGGACAAAAAUAUGGAAUAAAGCUGGCUAAAGCUAAGGCUUGCUUGAAUUACGGUAGAGAAAAAUAAAUAAAUCUAAUAAAAUUAUUAGUGUUUAAGAAAAAAAAUCUACGCUAGCGGAGUGAUUGUUCGCACACAGAUAGCACUAAUCAUUACCGUAGCCACAAUCACACUAACACACAUGCACACGCAUGCACAUGAUUAGAGAAAUCGAUCUAAAACAAAAACAAUGCCAAAUGCGAUUAAAAAACAGAAACAAACAAACAGGAUAACAUUAUGCAAAACGUUCUAUCAGAGCAUUCUUUUUACGCAUUUACAGUUUUGCGCAACUCAGCAAGCAAAAUAUUAAAGAAAUAAAAUAAAAUAAUCCACCAAAAUUUUACGGAAGCCGCAGCAGCAGCAGGAUGGGAAAAAAGUUAGUAAUAGGGAAAGAGAGUGAAAAACCACGUAUGCCAAAUGUAAAGUUUUAAAACUGAUCGAGGAAAAAAAAAAGACAAAACAACGUUUUAAGCUAACUCAAAUAACAAACAAACGUGCAGUUUCCGAAACAGCUAACUUCAAAGCCAGAAGCAAAGGGAAAAAUAUGUGAGUUUAAAAUAAUACUUCUAAGGGUAUCCGUCCGCAAAUAUUUACAUUAAUCUUAACAAACUAAACGGAACUUGCAAAAAAAAAAACAAAACAAGUCAAGCACCUUACCGCAGCACUUUUUUAGAAUCAUUCCAACACAGAAUUAAAUUUUUUUUUCGUUACUCUAAUCAAUACGUAGAGCAUAACAAUGGCUAGUAAAGGCGGAAACAUAACCUAGUAUACAAAAAGUAGAUGAAAGAAUAUGAGAAGAACUAUUCACGUGCCAAGCAGUUUUUGAACAUCAUCCUGCCCGUAAUUAACACAACACACACAUUGCCCUAUCGCAGCCAAAACAACGCCGUAAUUAUUUUCCCAUUUAAUGUUUAUCUUAAAAGCAAACAAACAAAGAAAAAAGCGAUGCUUUUCCGUCCAAAAUUUUUCGUUUCGAUUGUGUGAUUCCUCGGUCAUUUGAGCAUCCCUAGCAUUAUCGUCAUCCACAAUAUACACGCUCAAAGUGUUCUACCCAAGCGGAGCGUUUUUUUUUCUGUUUUGUUUCUUUCGAUCUCGCGACAUGCGACUGCGUCAAGUAUUUUUAGUCUUUACGAACAAACAAACAAAAAAACAUAAGUGUAUUCUUUAGAACAAGAUUUCGUCCACUCUUUGCUGUGCUAAUUCGAUACAUUCCUGCCCCCUUUCCCGUAGAUGGAAAAUGAAAAAAAAAAAAACGACUGCUCAUUCCCUUUGGUUAAUUUCAAAGAAACCUAGAGCGAACCCACGGUCUUCUCGCUCCCUCUCAAUACCUUUGCAGAGACUGAGAAAAAUGAAUGUUUUUAGUUUUUGUUUGAACUAUUCCGUUGUUGUUAUAAAAUAAAACAAGAACAAAACACAAAAAAAUGUGAGAAAAUUUCAAGUAAAGAAGUACUUAAUUUUUUAUCCUUACUAUUACGAAAAAAAAGUACUACAUAGUUUUAUUCGUUAGUCACUUCUAUUAGCCUUUAAGUCGGUGUUGGUGUAAACUUUAGCGUGAGUGAAAUUAGAUUAAACGUGAUCGUGAGGGGAGAGGAAAAACCUACCAAUUUUGCUGUGGCAAUUAGCUAGUUUGUAUUGAAUACUGGAAGUAUAAAACCCAGCCGCUUUUUUAGGAAUUAUUUUGUGCACUUUAGCAUCCACCAAACCCCGCACCGGGGUAACACGAUAAGUCGAAAAAAAAACAACGGGAAACGUGGCACCUAGCGAAACAACACUUUAUAGUAGGUAAUAUUUUAACAGUGACUCCCCUUCUCAAAGUAAAACGGCAUUAUUUUAUUAACUAUUAAAAAAUAGAAUCCAAAGCAACACCUAGCAACAUGAGAUCCACACAUCAUCAAUAGAGAUAAUUCCUCCAACAAAAAAAAACCGGCUAAGCGCGUUUAGCUGUGUAUUUUAAAAUCAAGCCAAUCUACCGCAAGCAAACAAGAAAUGUAAAUUAGAGCAAAAUAACGCUUAAAUAAUAGAAAAGAAGACAAAAAAAAUAAUAGCGAUAAUCCCGCGAUGUUCACAAACAGUAACUUUUUUAUUAUUGUAAUAAGGCGAUAACUUUAACAUUGCAUCAGAAAAAAAACAAGUGUUAUUAUCAUUCCAUAAGAGUAAAUUACUUCAAUUCAAUCGGAACACGCCCACAGUCCAGGUGAACACUAUAGAAAACAAGCUGCAGGGGCUGAAUAACAAUUAUUAUUAUUACUCUAAUUACCGAUUAACUACUAACGGCAAAACAGCAUAAAUCUAAGAGGACCGGAUGUGAGGAUAGGAUAUAUUUUGUGAAAUAUUAUUGCUAAAAAAAACUAGAACGGUAGGUUCCAACUUACAGAGUCAAAACAGCAGAUUAGAAGCGCAUAGCAACACUGAGAGAAAAAAUAAAUACUAGACACAGCCACACAAACACACAGGGGAAGUAAAAGUUGCCUCUCUCUCAAGAGAGGGCGUUUGCUAGUAAAUAAAAUAUUGAGAAAUAAAAAACCUAUGGUGGUACUUAAGCAAGAAAAAAACAUAGGUCAGAAAACUCGGGUGGAGUAAUAUCCCCGUCCCGAGGUAGCAUCUACUUAAGAUUUAACUAUAAAUGACGGUUAGAAAAAAAAACACACACACACACACAUACAAACAGAUACAGAAAGCGAGCGGUGAGAAAAAAAUUAACAGAAAGCAAAUCAAAGAAGCAUUGUUAUUAAGCCCAAUUUAUUGUACAAUAAAUUAAUUGAAAUUACUUCGCA